AUGUCUAUCUUCGAAAAGCUCCGAAGAGAUAAAACAGCAGUGUCGGCAGCGUCGCUGAAAACAACGGGCGCCCAUAUUCGGGAGGGGAUCCAUAAGGUGACGUCGACGCUCGGGCCCUAUGUGAAGAAGGUCAUCCCCAACUUCCGGGCGGCUCACUAUGCGUACAUCAUCUUCAUGGUGUUUUUCACCUCGGUGAUCGUGUAUCCGAUUCUGGACUUCAGCUACAUCGACAUCUUGUUCUUGAUGGGCGGUGCGUCCACGCAGGCGGGUCUUAAUACCAUCAAUAUGAACGAGCUUCGGCUACUGCAGCAGAUCAUCGUGUAUGUGACCACGACACUUACAACGCCCAUCUUCAUACAUAGUUCCCUAUUACUCGUAAGAUUGUAUUGGUUUGAGCGCUACUUCGAUAACAUCAAGGAGCUGUCCAAGUUGAACUUCCGCAUGCGCCGUAAUGCGACACUAGCGGCUCGAACCAAAUCCAUGGACUCCACGGUUCUCAACACAGUCAAUAACCAGGGCCUAGGGUUGGCGAACAGCCCGCCGGCAGAUAAUGUUGACGGCGAGUUGGGGAUUUCCGCCGAAAAACAUUCGGACUCGAACUCCAACGUUGACCCGAUGGACUGUACUGGGCCCCAGUCCUACUCCAAUGAUACCACCGGCAUGGACCCUAAGGAAGAAACCUCGGGCGGAUCCUCGUCGCCAGAAAACCAUCCAGAUAAUAUCAAGUUCGGCGAGCUUCCGCACCCACGUAGAAGACAGGAGAUCGAGCCCUCCGACAUGUACAAGUCCAUCCACAUGCUACAGCAUAAACGCAAGAAUAGCGUUGCUGAUGAUGACGUUUUGGUGAUCAAGGCUCCCAACGAGAUCGAGCGCGAUGCGCACACGCCAAUUUACACCAAGAAGGCGUCGCCGUUGGCAUUCAACCGUACGCUUUCAAAGUGGAAGUUCAGCGACAAGAGGAAGCUGACUUGGCAAUCGCUCAAACGCACCAUUUCCAACAACUCUGCAUAUCCGAGAAACAGAAAAUACUCCGCAGAUGUUGAUUCGUUGGAGCUGCCAUCAAAGCACCAUCUUGACGAUACUCGGAACGAUGGAGACGACGAGGACGAAGAUGACGACGAAGAAGACUUGGGAAAUCGCCAUCCACACAGUCAAUCCAGUUUGGGUGGCUCCAAGAGACGCACUUCUGGUGCUCAUCAUGAUUUAAGCGACGAGGAUAUGGAGGAAGGUAGUAUCUUCUCGGACGAUGAUAUUGCCGUGGAAGAUACCGAGGAAGAGAACGAAAAUGGGUCGAAAACAGACCUCGACUUCACACAACCUCCUCCAAACUCAGACAGAAAAACGAAAUUCCUGGAGCCCUCCAUCGACAGACAAAAAUACCCAUCUCGUCCCUCUGCUAGACACAGAAUCAGAAAAUGGCGCACACCCAUAAUAUCACGACUCAGCUCGCGCACAUUUUCCGAGGCUCGAAGCGACGACGAAGAAGACGGGCUUUCUGAUGCAUCCGCUGGCGGUAUGAGCACAAACUACUUGUCGUGGAACCCUACCAUUGGUAGAAACUCCACUUUCGUCGAUAUGACCGAUGAACAGAAAGAGGAACUUGGUGGUGUUGAAUAUCGCGCCAUCAAACUUUUGAUCAAGAUUUUGGCCUUGUUCUACUGUGGUUUCCAUAUCAUCGCCCUUUGUUUAUAUGUGGGUUUCAUUACUGUCGCCGACUCAUAUAAAGAAGGUAUCCGCGAAAUCGGCGUCUCGCCAACCUGGUGGGGUAUAUUUACGGCCCAGUCGGUCUUCAAUGACUUGGGUUUGACAUUGACACCAAAUUCCAUGUUCAACUUCAGUCGUUCGGUCUAUGUGUUGGUGUUUUCUUCCUUUUUCAUCGUCAUUGGUAAUACUGGAUUUCCAGUGAUUCUCCGCUUCAUUAUCUGGAUAAUGUUCAAGCUUGCGCGGCCACUCUCAUUGUUCAAGGAAUCACUUGGAUUUCUUCUCGACCACCCACGUCGUUGCUUCACACUUUUGUUUCCCUCCGUGCCAACUUGGUGGUUGUUCAUCAUUUUGGUUGUUUUGAACGUAACCGACUUGGUCUUGUUCAUUGUGCUUGAUCUCAACAACAGAUAUUUGAAAGAGAUACCGACCGGCUAUAGGAUUCUUGACGGUUUGUUCCAAGCUUUCAGUACCAGAACGGCAGGAUUCACUGUUGUUGACCUUUCCGAGCUUCAUAGUGCCGUCCAGGUGAGUUACAUGAUCAUGAUGUAUAUAUCGGUGUUGCCGUUGGCUAUCUCGAUCAGAAGAACCAAUGUGUACGAAGAACAAUCCUUGGGUGUGUAUGUCCAGAAACACGAACCAGAGGGAGCACCAGAUGAGAGCCCUACCAGCUUUGUGGGUGCGCACUUGCGUAAUCAGUUGUCUUUUGACUUAUGGUUCAUUUUCUUGGGACUAUUCAUCAUCUGUGUCGCUGAGGGUGGCAAGGUCAAUUCCAGCAUCAGAUUCACGGUCUUCAGUAUCUUGUUCGAGAUCAUCAGUGCCUACGGUACCGUGGGAAUGUCCUUGGGAUACCCUGGCCGGAACGAGUCACUUGCAUAUGAGUUCUCCACCGUGUCGAAGUUGGUGAUUAUUGCCAUGAUGAUCAGAGGAAGACACAGAGGUCUACCAUAUGCCUUGGACAGAGCCAUCAUGGUGCCUAACGAUGACAUGUUGAGAAGAGACCGGGUGCAAGAACAUCAUACGUUUGUGCGCGGGAACUCGCUCGACGCUACAUCCACUCGUAACUCGAACGCAGACAUUUCCAGUGGCGGAGGCGGCAUCACCGACAGAAUCGGCGAAUUGCGCCGCACCAUUACUCGGAGAGCCAGUGAAUACAGAAGAAACUCGUUUUUCCCAGCACCCACGAGGAUUCCUGAUGAACUUGCCAACAAGCCUAUGAUGCACCAUCGUCUGAGAUCACAGUAA